GGGCGGAGGGGCGGGAGGAGCCGCGGGCCCGCACGGAGCGGCUGCGGCGGCGGCUCCUCCUCUCCAGCCAUGGCUGUAAAGGACCCUACAGCUGUAGAAAGAGCAAAUUUAUUGAACAUGGCUAAAUUGAGUAUCAAAGGACUCAUUGAAUCAGCCUUGAGCUUUGGGCGCACUCUGGAUUCUGACUACCCACCUUUGCAGCAGUUCUUUGUUGUCAUGGAGCACUGCCUGAAGCAUGGCCUGAAAGUAAGAAAAUCCUUUCUAAGUUACAAUAAAACCAUCUGGGGUCCUCUGGAACUUGUGGAGAAAUUAUAUCCAGAAGCUGAGGAAAUAGCAGCAAGUGUCAGAGAUUUGCCUGGCCUUAAGACACCGCUGGGCCGUGCCCGGGCCUGGUUACGGUUAGCACUGAUGCAGAAGAAAAUGGCCGAUUAUCUUCGCUGUUUAAUCAUUCAGAGAGAUCUCCUCAGUGAGUUUUAUGAGUAUCACGCACUAAUGAUGGAGGAAGAAGGAGCAGUUAUUGUUGGGCUGUUAGUUGGGCUAAAUGUGAUUGAUGCCAACCUGUGUGUGAAGGGAGAAGAUCUGGAUUCACAAGUUGGGGUGAUCGAUUUCUCUGUGUAUUUGAAGAGUGAUGAUGACAUUGGGGGUAAAGAAAGAAAUGUACAGAUUGCUGCAAUAUUGGACCAAAAGAAUUAUGUUGAGGAACUAAACAGGCAACUGAAUAGCACAGUUAGCAGUCUACAUGCAAGAGUUGACUCACUGGAGAAGUCAAACACUAAACUGAUUGAAGAGUUAGCAAUAGCCAAAAACAAUAUAAUUAAACUUCAGGAAGAAAACCAUCAAUUAAGGAGUGAAAAUACUCUGAUUUUAAUGAAGACGCAGCAUCAUCUAGAGGCAACUAAAGUGGAUGUUGAAGCAGAGCUUCAGACAUACAAACACUCGAGGCAGGGCUUGGAUGAGAUGUACAAUGAAGCACGCAGGCAGCUCCGGGAGGAGGCACAGCUGCGACAGGAUAUGGAGAAUGAGCUAGUGGUUCAAGUUAGUAUGAAACACGAGAUAGAGCUUGCCAUGAAGUUGCUGGAGAAAGAUAUCCAUGAAAAGCAGGACACCCUCAUCGGCCUGCGGCAGCAGCUUGAUGAAGUUAAAGCAAUUAACGUGGAAAUGUACCAAAAGCUGCAGGUUUCUGAAGAUGCUAUGAAAGAAAAGAAUGAAAUAAUUAGUCGGUUAGAGGAUAAGACCAAUCAAAUUAAUGCAACUAUGAAACAACUAGAACAAAGUGACAAAGAUCUGUUAACUCAAACUAGGACUAUUGCAAUGUCAUUCGUCAAAUGUGCCAGCAAUGAGGCUCAGCACCAGUAUAAACUUGUCAAGGAUAUAUCAUUCUGAAAGCUCCUCCAGAUCUCUUGUGUUGAAAUUAUUGCUGAUAAAAUAGGACUUCAGAAUUUUCCAAUUAAAACUUUAAAGUGGUAUUAGAAAUCCUGCACUGUAACUGAUCGUAGCUGGGUUCUGUUUUGUUUUCUGAAAGAACAUCAUCUCCGAUCUCACUUUACCCCUCCUAAAAAAAACAAAAAAGAGAGAAAAAAAAGUAAAUUACUGCACUAUUAUUAAGCAAAUGUAAGCUAGUUUUCUAAUGCUAUUGAAUCACUUCUUUGUCAAAUUUUAUUUUAAGAGGUUAGAUAUCUUUACUUUGACUGUACAUUUUUAUGAUGCUUGUUUCUAAUUAGUGAUUUUUCUGAUUCUUUGGUACUAGAGAUUUAAAAAGUAGCCCUUCUGGCUAAUACUUCCCUUCUCCCCUGCUUAUUCUUUUCACUUUUAGGCUGUAUUUAUCCCAAAAGCACGCUCUCUGUUGGGUUUUGUGGUUGUAACUAGCACUGUUUCUUAAACAGAGUGACAGGAGUUUGAGGAAAGGAGUUGAGCUCUAUCAGAAUGAUGGAUGUAAGAAAAGAGGGUGGUGUCAGCAUCUGUGUUCUGUGUGUACAGUGAAGGAAUGAUAGGCUUUGGGCAUCAAGCAGUUAAAGCACAGUUCCAUCUCCCUGAUGUCAUGUGGGGUAAAAUACUCUCGUAGAGUGAAAAUGUGUUUGGAGCCUGAUUUGUGUGGGACUCCAGACAGAGACAGAGUGCUCCAGCAAAGUCCGUAGCUGUGACUCCUGCCUAGCACAGCUGCCCUGGUGUAGGUGUAGUAGUGAGUAGGAUUUACAAUUAGGGCCCAGAUCCUGAAGCUGCCUAACCUGUUUGUCAGCUGAGGAUCUUGCCUGGCUGUGUGUACACUGAGAUCAGCACCUGUGGUUGUGCCCAAACCCUUUUCCCUCCCUCCACGCAUCAUUAGGCAGCCUUUACAACUCAUAUUUCUGCUAUGAGCUGCUGCUUGCCUGCACUGCAGAAAGAAGAGUUUAGGCUGCUGACUGCCCUUAAUACGCUUCCUGAUGUUUGCUCAGAGUUUGUAGUGGAAGUUGACUGGGAAAAUAAUCUGUGUUUUGCAGCAGAAGGGGAUGUGUUUGAAAAAGCGGGGACAGGAUGCAAUAACACAGAAAGGAUUUCUACUGCAUGGUUAUGUACUAGCUUAUUCCUUGGUUUGGAGGCAGAAAAAGCCUUUAACAUGAGCUGGCUACUGAAAAAUAAAAAUAAGUAUCUUCCAUCUGCAAAGAAAACCCAAAUCAGAAACACUGAAUAAGAACAACAGGUAGACCAUAGCAGAAAGGGGAGCCUUAUCCAUCUCACUGUCAUUAUGCAAACAAGUAUCUGCCCCAGUAUCAUCUGAAUGGCAAAUCCAGCUGCAAACUGGGGCCAGCUCAGCAUCUGCCUGAAUUUCAGCAGAGCAGCCAGCCCUGGCUCUGGGCUAGGGGAUGGUGCUGCAGCUUCUGGGUAGCAAGCUCCCUUUCUGCCUUGCUUGUGGAAACAACUGUGCAGUUGAUUUUGGGAUUUAGGAAAGUGUUUAACGUGCUUUUGGUGUUGAUGUCUUCUGUAGUUUCAUUCAGCUUCUGCACAGGGGAGGGACCUGCUUUUCCCAAUACUGUCCUUCCCACGUUUUGGCCCUCUGUGCACUACCAUUGCAAAUGUGACUGAGAGCAUUCUUAAAACCCCUGGGAUAGUUAAGUGAGAUAGUGCACCCUUUAUAAGGUAGUUUCACUCCAGCCUUUUUCACUUGUUUACUGGCAGCUUUUGGAAACUCCCUCUGGUGCAACUUCAUCAGCAGAAGCACAAAUGCAAACAUGUUGCUGACACAUCUUUUUUUUAGCUGACACUGCAAGUUGGGAUUUGUUCUGUGUUUGGUGAGCAGCUGGGAAGGGAGAAAUCAACCAUCUCACUGAUUUCUCCCACCACUUACCUGAGAGGCCCUUAGAACAGUUUUGCAGAACAUGGUGCAUCAGAUGGGGACAUUCAGUGGUAUUUUACAGGUGCUUGUGUUCUCCAGACAGGUGCAACCAUGAUACAGCACAAGUCCCCUUUCAGUACAUUUACUUUUGUUACAUUACAUACACCUUUUUUUGGUUUGAAGAGGUAACCAGAGAGGAGCCACAGUGAACUAAUGCAUUCCAAGGGAAGUGUCAGCUGAACAAACCUGGAAUUCAGAAAUAAAAGAUUAAAUCAAAAAACAAUCCCUCAUUUCUUGAUUAAUCAUUUUUAUUUGUCUAUAAUAUGGAGCUAUUUUAACCAGUGUAAGAAUGCAUUAUUUUUAAUACAGACUAUUUAAAUUAAUUAGGAUGUAAUUGAGGUAGUUCUAUAAAUGUAGUGGGACCUGUCAGGGUGUAUUUUGUUGUGUUAGGCUAGUUAAGUUUUUUGCUGUCUGAUUGCAGUGCUCUGUAUGCAACCUUAUGCCUCAAUUGUUUUGAGCUGCUUUUGCACAACACAUGCUCUGCCCUGUCUUAAUGGGUGAUUAGUGCAAGCCAAGUACAGGAUUUACUUGGGGGAAAAAAAAGCUUCAAAAAUAACAUAUGAACAUAUGCUAAAGGAAAAAGAAAAGCAUCAAGUUAAAUGCUUCAAUUCUAAAAUAUGUAUCAUGCUUUGGCACCUGUUAUUCAUGAGCAUAAAAUAAAACAGUGAUUACUUACAGUGA